ACGCAGUAUCUUUUUUAUCUUAUCAUAUAAAGCAAAAUUCUUGUGCUUAUAAAUUGUGAUGAGGUUUUUACAACUUGAAACGCAAGUUGUUUUCUAUCUUUUCCUUGUGCUUUUUAACAUAGGCCUGGCCAAAAAUCGCCAGGUUGGUCCAAGCGCCCUUCUAGAGGCAUUGAAUAUUACGAAAAAUGAGGAAAACACUAAUAGCGGUCCAUCUACCAACCAUGGGUUCCAAAACCGACGUUACCCUUCCAGCUUAUCGUGUUUCUCUAACUGUCCUUUUAGACAGGGAGUUGUGUUUCUUGGGGGACCGUGUGGUCCCAUGAAGGCAACAUGCUGUGGAGGAUUUGGUUGUGCCUCUGGAAUUGGAUUUCCUAUUUCGACUGUUUGCUGCUCAACGUCAAGCUGCAGCGAAGCACACCAACCUAGCGAAGGAAUCACCGCUGCCAAGCGGUUUGACAUCACAAGCUUACCAGCAGCACACCCAGCGGCAGUUUCUGUGAAAAAGCGUCCAAAACCCUCCAAAGACAGACACAAACACAAACACUCAAAACCGAAGGAGACCGGGAAGGAUUCUAGCAAGGAAGGGCCAAAGAUAGACUUGGAGUUAAAGCUGAGUGAUGAACCCAAGACUACAGAACCAGAACAACAAGAGGUUAUUGUGGGUCAACCAAUUCACCACCGACCAUGGGUACCUUACAUGCACAGACCCCUUCAUCCGUUUCACAUGCAUCCUCAUCCUCAUUACUUUCCACAUUAUAUGCCUCAUACCAUGACGUAUUCUCAUCCCUCUUACUGGCGAUUUCAAGGGUACUUCCCCCAUUUCUUGAGACGGAAGGCUCCUUGGUAUAUGAAUCCGUCUGAUAUGAGAAAUAUUCAUCACUAUCCUGAAUAUCAGUUUGGGGAUGUGCAGUUUACCCAUUCCAAUCAUCCUUUCAGUUCCAGACCACCUUUUAGAGAUUAUAAUGAUCUAAGCUCUGACGUUGAACUUCUAGACCGACCAGAAAAACUCCACGAAGACUUCACGCACAGCAAAAACAAGAUAAAGAAUCAUAAGGAGUAUAAUGGGAUCCAAGAACAGGACCGAAAAAUGGUCGGUGACUCAGAAGAUGCAAAGGAAACGUUAAAAUCAGGCGCAAUAAAGCAAACAGGAGCUGAGGAACGCAUACAAGGAACAAAUCUCGGAAUAGGAGUAGACCAAGUUUUGAAUUUCAAUCCAACGGAAAAAGAGGACGAAGAAACCAAUUACCCUGAAUACAAGAGUGAAUUUAACACAGAUCACUUCUGGUCUACCGUGGAGAAGAGGCAAAGAAACGUUAACAACCAUUGGAGCUCUCGUGAACCGGAAAAAGAUGAAAAUGCAAUAUUUAGAGACUUUACGUCAGAAGAGCAAGGAUUUGACCUGGAUGAAAUUGCCUCCUCUCACUCUAAAAGAAAAGGGAAAGCUAACGGAAUUCACAAAGUCCGUUCUGGUGCAGGCGUCGUAAAGAUAAAAUCUGAUUCUCUUGGCAUCGCAAAUACACUUAGCUCAUUUGCUUAAAUAUAAUGAUGACAUUGAAU